UUUAUGGUUUACACCAGCAUUGAGGUGCAAAUAUUUUUAAUCGAUUUUAAGAGAUUUUAAUUACUUUUUAUCUCUGAAAAUCAUUUACUUCUAAACAAAAUGUGAUAAAAGUCAUACAAGUUCUUAUAGAUACACCAUUUUUAAUAGGAAAUUAAAAAAUAAAGGAAUAAUGGCAGACGAGAAAAAGGUUAUGUUCCAUGAAAUGGAGCUGGAUGAUAGAAUUCUAAAGGCUAUAUCCCAGUUAGGAUGGCCACAUCCAACCCUCAUUCAAGAGACAGCAAUCCCUCUAUUACUUGAGGGUAAAGAUGUGCUCAUGCGUGCCAGAACAGGCUCAGGCAAAACUGCAGCCUUUGCCAUUCCAGUUAUACAGAAAAUAUUGAAUCUUAAGAACACAAGUACACACCAGUGCAUUAAGGCCCUUAUACUGUCUCCAAGUAAAGAGUUAUGUGGACAGAUUACCUCAGUAAUAAGUGACCUAACACUCAAAUGUGCCAGAGAGGUGCGUUGUAUAGACAUAUCUUCGAGCGGAGACACCCACAUUCAAAAAUCCUUACUGGCUGACAAACCUGACAUAGUAGUGGCAACUCCGUCCAGGGCGUUGGCACACUUAAAGGCCAAUAACAUGAGGUUGAAGGAUGAGUUGGCAUUAUUGGUCAUUGAUGAAGCUGAUUUAGUGUUUUCUUUUGGAUAUGAGGAUGAAAUUAAAGAACUUCUCAGCUAUCUACCGAAAAUAUACCAAGCAGUGCUGGCCUCAGCAACUCUAUCAGAUGACGUAAUAAGCCUAAAGAAGAUAGUCCUCAGAAACCCUGUGACCCUCAAACUAGAGGAGCCAGAGUUGGCUCCCACGUCACAGUUGCAGCAUUACCAUCUGUUUGCUGAGGAGGAUGACAAGGCGGCCAUAUUGUAUGCACUGCUUAAGCUGAACCUUAUUAGAGGGAAAAGCAUUAUUUUUGUGAGGACAGUUGAUAGGUGCUACAAGUUAAAACUCUAUCUAGAACAGUUCAAAAUAGGCUCGUGCGUACUAAACUCUGAGCUACCGGCGGCAGUCAGGUGUUUAUCUGUUGACCAGUUCAACAGAGGGCGCUACCAGAUCAUAGUGGCUUCAGAUGAAAAGGCGUUGGAGAAACCGGACGGUGGAAUGUUGGCCGGGGAAGAGAUAGGAAACAAGAAAAGACAAAAGUCAAAACGCAAGAAAGACAAAGAGUCUGGCGUAUCAAGAGGUAUAGAUUUCCAGCAUGUUUCCAACGUCAUCAACUUCGACUUCCCUCUCGACGUCACUUCCUACGUGCAUAGAGCGGGACGAACCGCCAGGGGCAACAAUCAGGGUUCCGUACUAUCAUUCGUGUCUAUACGAGAGAAGCCUCUAAUGGAAGCUGUGGAAGAGCAUUUAUCCAAAGGAUUCAAGGGGCAAAAAGUUCUACAGAAAUACGAGUUCGCGUUGGAGGAGGUGGAAGGGUUCCGCUACAGAUCGCGGGACGCGUGGCGCGCGGUGACGCGCGUGGCGGUACGGGAGGCGCGGCUAAAGGAGAUCAAGCAGGAACUUCUCAACUGUAGGAAGUUACAGGGUUAUUUCGAAGAAAACCCGACAGACUUAGCGGCUUUGAAGAGAGAUAAGGCUCUUCACACUGUCCGCGUGCAACCGCAGCUAGCUCACGUACCGGAGUACUUAUUGCCUGCCGCGUUACGCAGCGAGCAAUGCGAUGAUGAUGAUGUGGAGACGCCCGCGCAGCCUAAGAAGAGGAAGCAGGCUCACAAAACCAACUUUGGCAGCGCUAAGAGGCAUAAAUAUCAGGCACGGCAAAGCGAUCCCCUCAAGAGUUUCAAAGUCAAGAAAAUGAAAACUACACCGGCACCUUCGUCCGGGGACACUUAGCACGAACUUUGUUAGUAUCGCGAGUGAUAUUACUUUAACUUUCAUGACAUGUUCAAAAAUACUUGAAAUCACAUAAAUAUAAUUUAAAAUGUUGAAUUUUUAUACUGAAUGCUGUUUUUUUACCGCGGAUUAAAGGAAAAAGAUGGAUGGAACAAGUGUGUUAAUAAAUUAAUUAAUGUGAGAAUUUGUUGUAACAAAACAUGAGAGACAUAAUACAAGAGAAUUUAUAUUCUCUUGUAUACUUUUGUAAUUAUGGCGUAAAAUGAAUUGUUGAAUCGCUCCAUGGGUAUUGGGUAGUGAUUAUAAAAUAUGCGAAAGUGUGUUUGUUUUUAGUUUGUUCUUCAAUCACGACGCAACGGAGCAACGACGUGACUUUUUUUUGCAUGAAUAUCAUUUAAGAGAAUGACAUUGGCUACUUUUUAUCCUGGAAGAUCAAGUGUCCUCAGUAUUUUUAAAAACCUAAAUACAUGCAUCAGCUAAUACCUUUAUAAGAAACAAGCAGUUGCCCGCGACUUCGUCUGCUUCGUGUAGCUCUGUUGCAGCGUGAUUGAAAGACAAACCAACUUACUUUCGGUCUGAUAACUUGCAGUGUAGCACAUAAAAGUGUUAUAUCUUGUACGAUGAUACACUUAGUGUGUACUUAAAUCGGCUUCCUCUAGUAGGCUUCACAUUCUAGCGCCACAUCCAUCGUCUAUCUUUUUCCUUUGAUCUGAGUUUUUUUAUACAUAAAAAAUGUAUUUUUUAAUACAAAUGUUGUAAAGUGAAUAAAGUGUGUCUUA